AAAAACUACUGAGGAAUACAGGCAGCAUGUUCUACACACAUGUGCUUAUGAGUAAGCGAGGGCCAUUGGCCAAAAUCUGGCUUGCAGCUCACUGGGAGAAGAAACUCACUAAGGCCCAUGUAUUUGAGUGUAAUCUAGAGAUAACCAUUGAAAAAAUUCUUUCACCUAAGGUGAAAAUUGCACUUCGAACUUCAGGACACCCUUUGGGAGUUGUUCGAAUCUAUAAUAGGAAGGCAAAAUAUCUUUUGGCAGAUUGCAGUGAAGCAUUGCUUAAAUGAAGAUGACAUUUCGCCCAGGGGAUGGUUGACCUUCCAAAAGAAGUUUUGAAGCACUACACUGUAUCACUUGCCAGAAAAUUUCAUGAUUUUGACACCCAGAAUAUGAAUGCUAUUGAUAUUUCAGAACACUUUACUCAGAACCAAAGCAAACCAGAAGAAAUCACACUUAAAGAAGAUUUUGGCAAUGAUCUACUUUUCCAAGCUGGGAGCUUUGGGGAGGAAGCCGAAAUCCUUAGAAGACAUAGCUUCUUUGAUGACAACAUAUUGCUGAAUUCCAGUGGUCCUUUAGUUGAACAUAGUUCUGGAAGCCUCACUGGAGAAUCUCUGUUUUAUGACAGUGGAGAUGGAUUUGGAGAUGAAGGGGCUGCAGGAGAAAUGAUUUUUUUUAGAGAGGAAGGAGUGAGACAAUCUGUGCAAGAUGAUCCAAAUAUCCCUAGAAACAUGCAUUUGAAUAAAAUUUCCCUGCCUCUGAGCCCCAAUACAUAGGUAGAAUCAGAUAAUCCGGAGUGUAUAUGCCCACCUGAAAAUGAAAAAAUGGAUGAAACCACAUUAUCAAAUGAAGAGGAAGAUUACCUUGAGCCAAUUGAUACUUCAGAUAUUGCUGAAAAAAGAAAAGGCAAAAAGAGGAAAUUGCUCAUAGAUCCAGUCAAGGAGAUCAGUAGCAAAAUUAUGCAUAGACAGCUUACUUCCUUUACGGACACACUCAUGGUUUUGGAACUUGCACCUCCUACCCAAAGACUGAUGAUGUGGAAGAAGAAGGGAGGAGCAGAUACACUUCUGUCAACUGCUGCCCAGGAUUUGAUUCAUGCCGAACUAAAAGUGUUGUUUACAAAAUGCUUUUUGUCCUCUGGCUUUAAACUUGGAAGAAAAUUGAUGCAGAAGAAGUCAGAAAGGGAAGAAAUAGGAAAUGAAAACAUCGUAGAGACCUCCAUGAUGAAAGGGUCAAAUUCCCUGGAAGAGUUAAGUCAAUCCUCAACUUGGAAGGAAGAAAUUGAUGGAUCUAAGUGUAGCUUUAACAAGGAUACCAAUAAAAAUAUUAACUCCGAUCAGGAUAUUGUUGAAAUGGUCUCUUCAACUGCGGAGGAAUCGUCUUUAAUGAAUGCCACCCUGGCAGAAGAAGUUGAAAACUGUCUAACUGAAUUGGAGUCAUUGGGGAAUGAACAAAAUAUUGAGGCAGAGAGAUGGAAUCGAAGAAUACUUCAAAUGUUAAACAGAUUGCGGGAAUCUAACAAGAUGGGAAUGCAGUACUUUAGUCUGAUGAAGCUCUGCAGAAAUAGUGACCGAAAACAUGCUGCUGCCAAAUUUUAUAGCUUUCUUGUCCUAAAAAAACAGCGGGCUAUUGAGCUGAGUCAGAGUGCUCCCUAUGCCGAUAUCAUAGCUACAGUGGGACCAAUGUUCCAUAAAAUGUGA